UGGCGCUGUACAGAACAGUUGAGCUGGGAAAUUUUGCACCGGCAUCACCUGACGGAACUAGCGUGAACAGAAUAAUACAUUGCAAUAUUUAAAGCCAUUAAACAAAUACAUUUUCUCUUGAGAGCGAGUCCGGAGCUUUGGUAUGGCAGAUAAGACGUCUGAUCCUGGGACAGUUUGUAUUAAUGUGGAGGACAGCCUGUGCAAUGGAGGAACACAGCCACAGGAAGCUCCAUUGCUAACCCAUCUGAAGAAGGUGGAGAACCACAUCACAGAGGCACAGCGCUUCUCUCAUCUUCCCAAGCGCACUGCUGUGAGCCUGGAGUUCAGAGACCUCUCCUACACCAUUAGGGAAGGACCAUGGUGGAAGAGAAAAGGUUACAAGGCCUUGCUGAAAUGUCUAUCUGGGAAGUUCUGCAGUCGGGAACUUAUUGGGAUUAUGGGCCCCUCUGGGGCUGGCAAGUCCACUUUGAUGAACAUCUUGGCAGGAUACAGGGAAACAGGUAUGACUGGGGAGAUCCUGGUAAAUGGAAAGCUCAGAGACCUCCGAACGUUUCGUAAAAUGUCCUGUUACAUAAUGCAAGAGGACAAAUUGCUUCCCCACCUGACUGUCCAAGAAGCCAUGAUGGUGUCAGCCAACUUGAAGCUCAAUGAGAGCACAGAGCUGAAAAAAGAGCUGAUAAAAGAAAUUCUUACAGCCCUGGGACUACACGAGUGUGUCCACACUCACACUAUCUCUCUCUCUGGAGGGCAGUGUAAGAGGUUGGCUAUUGCUCUUGAGCUUGUAAACAACCCCCCAGUUAUGUUCUUUGAUGAACCCACCAGUGGUUUGGACAGUGCAUCCUGUUUCCAGGUCGUGUCAUUGAUGAAGUCUCUGGCACAAGGGGGCCGAACCAUUAUUUGCACCAUCCACCAGCCCAGUGCCAAACUCUUUGAGAUGUUUGAUAAGCUUUAUAUUUUGAGUCAAGGCCAGUGCAUAUACAAGGGAAGUGUCCCAUACCUCAUUCCUUACUUGAGAGGACUGGGUCUUCACUGUCCCACAUACCACAAUCCUGCAGAUUUCAUCAUUGAAGUAGCAUCAGGAGAGUAUGGGGAUUUGAACCCAGUGUUGUUUGAGGCCGUCCAGGGUGGCAUGUGUGCCCUGGAGGAGAAGAACAACUGUAUCGACAAAACCACCUUAAACCCAUGUGCUGAAAAAUGUGUCAAAGACUCAGGACAUGUUGAGAGCCAUUCAUUUGCAACAAGCUCUCUGACCCAGUUCUGCAUUCUCUUCAAGAGAACACUUAUUACAAUAUGCAGAGACCAGGUUUUGACACAUCUGCGGCUAAUGUCACAUAUAUCUAUUGGAGUGUUGAUUGGACUGCUAUACCUCAACAUUGGCAACGAUGCCAGCAAAGUCUUCAACAACACUGGUUUCCUCUUCUUCUCAAUGCUCUUUCUCAUGUUUGGAGCCCUGAUGCCUACAGUUCUCACAUUUCCUCUGGAAAUGGCUGUAUUUCUGAGAGAACAUCUAAACUACUGGUAUAGCCUGAAGGCUUACUAUCUGGCUAAGACAAUGGCUGACAUUCCAUUCCAGGUCAUUUGUCCCAUCAUGUACUGCAGUAUUGUGUACUGGAUGACUGAGCAGCCUCCAGAAGCAAGCCGCUACUUGCUCUUUUUGGCCUUGUCAAUCUGCACAGCUUUAGUGGCCCAGUCUCUUGGGCUUCUAGUCGGUGCUGCCUCCACGUCCCUUCAGGUGGCCACUUUUGUUGGUCCAGUCACAGCUAUUCCAGUCCUACUUUUCUCAGGCUUCUUUGUGAACUUUGACACCAUUCCAGAUUACCUACAAUGGAGUUCUUAUGUGUCGUAUGUCCGGUAUGGGUUUGAGGGUGUGAUUUUGUCCAUUUAUGGAAUGAACCGAACCGAGCUAGAAUGUCCAGGGAGGGUUUGCAAGUUCCAGAGACCUGAAGAAGUACUGCAGUUGUUGGAUGUUGAAGAUGCCAAGCUGUACAUGGAUUUCAUUGUCCUGGGGAUUUUCUUUCUCAUCUUCCGACUUGCGACAUACUUAGUUCUUCGGUACAAAAUAAAUUCUGAGCGAUAAUAUUUAUUCAAGAUGUGACCUUGCAAUGAACUUGCAUGGUCUCCAGCUCCUUUGGCCUACUUUCAGACUACACAGUAAACAAUUUCCAAAGGUAUCAUUGUCUGCUCAGGAAGUUCAAAUGUAUUUUUUGAUCAUUGUGGUGUGCUGUCUUUCAUUUGAACACAGGGAACAACAAUUCUCUGGCUGAGUCUGACAUUGUAAAAUGUCUACAGAAUAUGGAAAAAUGAUACCCCUGUAGCAAGAUCCUAAGUAACAAAUAUCAUGUUUUUCAGUGUUACAUUGUUGCACUACAUGGUGUUUAAAAAAUCUGAGUCAUGCAGUGUUGCAAUGGUAAAUUCAAAUGUGGCACUCAGUAUGGCAUUUAAAUAAGGAAAUGGUAAUUUGCUAAACUUUCCCAAUUUAUUGUGGUGGUUCAAACUCUGGCUUUAAGAUCAUACCAACAUUGAUGUAAAUGUUUUACUCAAAGCUGAUAAAGUCACAUUAGAUUUUAUUAUGUAACAACACUAAUAAGAAUAAAGUUUUACAUUUCGAGUUGACAACGCAUCAUUAGCAAAUUGAGUUUGAGUUGAGCACCACCUUUAUAGGAUGUUUACAUUUUGUAUCAUUGCACAAGUCUCCUGAUAGGGUAUAACUGAAUGGUGAAAGGGUUUUAAUUCAAAUCAGAUGGCUGUAAAGAUACCACAGUGCCUGUGUUUCAAUUAAAUACCAUUGUAUCAAUCACAUUUUUUUUGUUUCAUGCACUUCAUUAUAGAUUUCUUUCUUUUCUUUCUUUUAAACUAGAGAUUGUAUGUAACUACCUGGUGCAACAGUAUUUGUAUUAAAACAAAGUCAUAAUUUUUUAGACCAACAACAUACUAUGUAUAUGUCAAAAUACCAAAUUUACUAAAUGUAUUUAGAAAUAAA